AGAGAGAGAGAGAGGGAGUAAAAUGUAAGUACAGGGGAGUUGAGGGCUUAUUGGAAAUUGGGUUCUUCUCGCUAAAGUGGAAGCAUGCCUUGCAGUGAGAAAAAGAGAGCAAUUUCUUUUAUAUUCACAUCCUUGGCCCACUUCCCAAACUGAGGCAGCUCAGGUGUAUGCAGUGCAGAGGGUUUUUUUUUUCCACUCUCUCUCUUCUGCGAAGUUGAGAGAGAGCUAUACUGCUGUGGUCUAGAGAGAGAAAGCGACUGAACUUUACAGUUUAGAGAGAGAGUGCUGUGAAGGUUUCCCGUUACCGGGCGGGCGGUUAGCACGGUGGAAGCUAGCUGUGUUAGGGUUUUACAGGGCGAAUAAUUCUAGGGUUUUGAAACCCUUGAGAGCUGAUUCAAAGCAACUUUCGAGAUUGAGAAACCUGGCCUCAAGAUGCUGAGUCCACGCAAAAAGGAGAAUUCGGGUACUCUGAAGUCUCCUGGUUCUAGGGUUUCUUUGCAAGGAUCUCCAUCCAUUGUCAAUGGGGAUGAGGCUUUGUGGACAAGGCUUCGAGAAGUUGGGCUCGAUGAGGAAACACUAAAGCAGAGGGACAAAGCUGCCCUAAUUUCUUACAUCACCAAGCUUGAAUCUGAAAUGUUCGAUUACCAAUAUCACAUGGGCCUUCUUAUUUUAGAAAAAAAGGAGUGGACAUCCAAGUAUGAGCAAAUUAAAGCUUCUGCUGAUUCUGCUGAAGAUAAGUAUAAACGUGAUCAGGCUGCACUGUUAUCUGCUCUGGCUGAAGCAGAGCAGCGUGAAGAGAAUCUGCAAAGGGCUUUAGGCGUCGAGAAAGAAUGUGUUGCAAGUAUUGAGAAGGCUUUACAUGAAAUGCGUGCUGAAUGUGCUGAAACCAAGGUUGCAGCUGAGACUAAACUAGCUGAAGUUCGUUGCCUUGUGGAGGAUGCUCAGAAGAAGCUUCUUGCUGUUGAAACAAAGCAGCAUACAGUGGAGGCUUUGCAAACUGAGACUAGUUGGCAACAUGCUGUUGCUGAACGAAAGCUAAAGGAAGUUGAAGCCCGUGAAGAUGAACUUAGAAGACAACAAGUGUCUCUAAAGUCUGAGAUGGAGGCUAAAGAGAAGGAUCUACUCAAUGAGAAGGAAAGUCUUCGUGAGUUGGAGAAAGUUAUACAGCAAGGUCAGGAAAAGUUGUUUGAAGGGCAAACCUUGCUUAAUCAACGGGAACAGUGCAUUAAGGAAAGGUCUGACAGAUUGAGUCGGCUUGAAAAGGAAGUGCAGGCUGCAACUGUUAAACUGCAAGAAGACCUUGAAAUCCUGAAAGAGGAGAAGGCCAAUCUCUGCUUGACCUCGGUUGCUUUGACAACGAGGGAGGAGGCAAUUGUACAAAGGGAAGUUUCAAUUGACAAGAAAGAGCAGGAGUUGCUUCUUCUGCAAGAGAAGCUGACAAGCAGGGAGCAGGAUGAGAUUCGAAGACUUACAAUAGAACAUCAAACUGCAAUUGAGUUGAGAGAAUCACAAUUUGAGGAGGAACUCCAUGAGAAACACAAAUCCUUUGAAGCUGACUUGGGACUUCAAAGACACGCACUGGACUUGCGGGAUGCUGAACUUAAACACCAAGAGGAUCUGAUGCAUAAAGAUAAACAUGAAUUGGAUCUUCAGUUAUCAGAACUGGAAGAGAAACGGAAGGAACUAGAGACAGGAUUAAAAUCACUUGUUGAGAAGGAGCAAAGUUUAGAUGCUCGGGAAAAGAAAAUAGAAAUGGAAAGGAAUUGCCUUGAAAAGGAAAAUCAAGAGCUGGACGUUAUUAAGAAAGAGCUUGAUGUGUAUAGGAAUUCUUUGGAGAAUGAAAGAAAGCAAAUUCUUGAAGAGCAGCGGAAAUUGGAGGUCAUGAAUAAUGAUAGAAAGGAUUUGCUUGCUCUAGAAACCAAACUAAAAGAAGAAGUUGAUAAUUUGAGAGCUGAGAAGGUGAAAAUCUUGGCUGAAGCAGAUAAUUUGGCAACAGAGAAGGAAAAGUUUGAGAAGGAAUGGGAACAAAUAGAUGAAAAAAGAGAACAAUUACAAAAAGAAGCUGAAUGGGUUGCUGAAGAAAGAAUGGAAUUAAGCAAAUUCCUUAAAACUGAACAUGAAAUAUUAAAUUUAGAGAAGGAUUCACUUAGGGAACAGGCCAAACGUGAUGCAGAUUCCCUUUGCCGUGAAAGGGAAGCCUUCUUAAGUGAGAUGGAGCAUGGACAUUCAGAGUGGUUCACCAGAAUUCAACGGGAGCGAGCUGAUUUUGUUCAUGACAUUGAGAUGCAGAAGAGGGAGUUUCAAAAGGGUGUUGACAAGAGGAAUGAAGAAAUUCAAAGAUACUUGAGAGAAAGGGAUGACACAUUUCAGCUUGAAAGGUUGAGAGAAUUCCAAUAUAUCGACGCUCAAAAGGAACUUGUUCGCAAAGAACUGGAAGGAAUUUCACUGGAAAUGAAGAAACUUGAAAAUGAGAGGAAGAAUAUUGCUCUUGACCGUGAACAAAGAGACAAAGAAUGGUCUGAGUUAAAAAAAGACAUUGAAGAACUUCAAGUACAAAGGGAGAAACUAAAAGAACAGAGAGAGCUGCUGCAUCAAGAUAGAGAAGAUAUUUUGAAGAGAAUUGAAGAUCUUAAGAAACUAGAGGAUUUGAAGGUGCCUAGUGAAACUUUGAUGCUUCCAGAGAUGCAAUCGACUGGAUUGAAUCUUAAUGAAGUGAAAACUCCUGCUAAUUAUCUCGUUGGGCCAUGUGCUACCAAGGCAGCAGUUGAGGUGCAUGCAGAUGAGUGCAACGAAAAUGCAAAUAUUGGUGCCAAAAGUGAGUUGCUUGAACAGAAAGAAUCUGAUAGUGAUGUGCCUACCCCAAAGUCUUGGCUAAAAAGAUGCGCUGAGAAGUUGUUCAACACGUCUCUUGAGAAAAUCGUUGUCGCUAGUAACAAUAACUAUGAAACCCAUUUUUCACGGCAUAAAGAAACUGGUCAAGGCCCCUUAUCGUUUUCUUUGAGGCAAAAGUCUCACAGAACUGAUGCAAGAAGAGUCAAAACUUUUAGCCUGUCGCGCUCUACAAGGCCAGUUCCAGAUGAGAAGAACGCCGUACUUGAAGGGCCUUUGGUGAGAGAGGAGAAAGAUCAUCUGCAAGAGUUCGAUGCUGAAACAAACGUGAGUGCAAAGAAUGGAAGUUGUAAUAUCAAGUCCUCUGUUUUUGAUUCAGAGAGAGCACAAACAAGUGCUAAUAACGGUGGUGAAUGUGAAUUUUUGUACGGAAGAAAGAGGAGUCGUGGAUAUACAUCUAUUGAGGAUGCUGAUGCCCAGUUUAGUAGGAAGCAGAGUAAAAGGCAGCAACAAGCACCCACAGCUGAACACCCAAGGAUGGGGACUUCUGCAGAACUCUUGGUUCAUUCUCCAGUGGUACACCCGGAGGGUGCGAAUGGCUUGAAGCCCUGCAGUCACAUACCAGAUGUCAGAGAAGUGGUUGAUGGAGGCCCUUCAAAUGGACCAGCUAAAGUUCGAGGUGAAGAGGGAGAAGCCAGUGGCAUUGUCUUAGAAGGAUUGAAUAAUUCAUCAAAGAAAGAUGCACUAGAGUCACAAACAAGUGAUAUCGAAGGUGAAAAGGCUUAUGAAGUUGCAACUCAACCCCAUGAUAAUGGUGUACUUGCUGCAAAGUUUGAUGAGCAAAUUGGAGCAAAUUCAUCAUCACCAGAGGUUACAGGGUCUUCAGGUGGAAUUGAAGAGCUUGGAGAAGACGAGAAAGAAAACGGUUAUGGUGAUGUUGACAAUGGUGGUGGUGGUGGUGAUGAUGACAACGACGAUGAUGAUGAGGUAGAAGUUGAAGAGCACAGGACACUAAAAGGGAAGCUGUGGAAUUUUCUGAUUACAUGAAAUAUUAUGGUCAGCCAUUUGGUCUAAAGCAUAGACCAGAGGGAAAUCUGCAUAGACCAUGAAGUCUUCUUAGAGAUUGGAAUUGAAGGUGCUGGAAGGUAUUUCUCAUAUUUUGUGGGGUUUUUAGUUCUCUUUUGUGUGUUGGUCGAGGCUAACAUUCCAUUCGCUCCAAACAGUGUAUGAAGAGAGUUAGAGAUCCUGUACAAGUUCUACUAGAUUCAGGUGCAUUCCAUUUUGUCUACUGGUGAAUUUGUGCUUCUACUGUGUAUAGUAAUUGCACAUAACUCUUGAGAUCUCCAAGAAGAUUUUUUUCCUUUCAAGAGUUCUCUUGUUCUGCAAGGGUGGUUUGUUUGGUGAGGGUGAAUGAUUGGGGUGUUGUGUAGUUUGGGUUUCUAGAACUUGAUACAUUGUAACACACUGAUUGCUGAUGCACAUAAUAGUUGAUUACAGCCAGUUUCUUUUGA